AUGUCUAGUAAACGAUUCUACCAGAAACCUGCGACUGAAAGACAACGAGAAUGUCGACAACGAACAACAAAUACAGAAUUUGAUUCAAAAUUAAAGGAAAUACGAGCUGAUGGUUUCCGAACUGAUAUUACUGAUGAAACACCUGAUGCAGCGAAAAUUUUGGUUGGAGAUUGUUGUGAACCUACUAACAGCCAUGAUUGUGAUCAAUUUGAUAAUGCAGAUUGUGUUAAUGGACCAGAUACAAAAGCAAAAAUUUCAAGUGAAGAUGAAGAUGGCGGCAUCAAUAAUGAUGAUGAAAAUAGCGGUGAUAUUGAUGAAGAUGGUGAUGAUGUUGAUGAAAGCAGUGAUAAUGAUGAUGAUGAAAAUGACAUAAUUAUACGCGACUUCAUUAGUUUAUUUGAUGUAAAUCGUGAACAAAAAUUGUAUUCGUCAUGUAAUUUAUCAAUUUAUAGUGCAUGUAUGGAAAUAGUUAAGCUUUGUCGAACUUUAAAUUUGAACAAACUACAAAUGCAGCAUUUACUGAACGGAUUACGUUUGUUAUUGCCAACAGAGAAUAAGCUACCACGUACAGUACCCAGUUUAUUAAAAAUCAUUUAUAGAACUUUACCAUCAAACAAAUCGAGUAAUCUUACUCUAAUGUUACAUGCAGAUGGAGCACCAGUUACUAAAGUUGGUAGGAAAUCACUAUGGCCAAUACAAUGUACAUUGGUAGAAAUCCCUCCACCAAUAAGAGAUCGUGCUGAUGCUACAAUGAUUUUCGGUGCAUGGUUAGGCGGUACUCAUCCUAACAGAAAUUUAUUAUGGUGCUGCAUUGUCGAGCAAAUUCAAGAUUUGUUUCAAAACGGAAUUACGAUCAAUAAUAGUGCCGGUCAAAAAUUUAAGUUCAUUGUACGUGCUCAAUACGCAACAUUCGAUUUGCCUGCUCUUGCACAGAACUGCAACACUAUGCAAUUUAACGGAUAUGAUGCAUGCCCUGAUUGUGAUAUUCAUGGUGUUGUUAUUGAGCGUCAAGUUUUUUAUCCAUACUCAGCUACACCAUCAACACCAAAAACUGAUCGUGAUUAUACAACUUUAACAACACAAAAAAUGUCGGCUGCAGCAUCGAAGGGAAUUAAAGGACCAACGCCAUUGACAAAAGUGCUUAUCUUUCCUGAUCAAAUAGUUAAAGACUAUAUGCAUCUCGUAUGUUCCGGUCAUUUUAAAACAUUGGUGACAUAUUGGGAAAAAAUUUUAUUACCUGGAGUUUUUGAUCAAGCUUCUGAUUAUCUUAUGUGUGUUAUUUUACCUCAUUCUUUUAGAUACCAAUUCACGCCACUUGCACAAUAUUCUCAAUGGAAAACUAAGAUGUUUCGAGAUUUUUUAUUGUAUAUAUCACCAGUUUUUGUAUCGUUAUUUCUGCCUGACUCUCUUGCACUACAUUUCAUUCAUUACUUUUUAUAUAUACGUGCUUUAUAUUUUUAUGAAGAUAUUAUGGAAUUAAAUGGUAUCGAAAAUAUUUUCGAUUAUUAUUAUAAACAUAUUGUAGAUUACUAUGGUGAAAAAUCGCAAUUAUGUACACUUCAUUUACAUUCUCAUUUGAAAGAUCAAGUGCUGAAACAUGGCGCAUUAGUAUUUACGUCAUGUUUUGGUCGUGAAUCUUAUAUAGGUUAUUCAUUAAAAUGGUGCAUUGGUAAGAAAUACAUAUUAGAACAAUUCAGUACAUGGUAUCAAGUAGAUCGAUCAUUGGCUACAACAAACUCAAUCACACUUGAUGAUAUAUUUCAUAUGGAAAAACUUGACGAAACUUACAUGGACAAAUGUUAUAUACAAAAUUAUCAACAAAAAUUAAUAAUAUGUUCAAACAAAAGAAAUAUUGAUAUAACAACAUCAAAAUAUUAUUCUCGUUAUUCUCGUGGAAUAAAAAUGUUUCAUUCUCGGGUAUAUACAAGAGGUGGUAAUGCAAUUAGCUAUCUUGUAUCAGUGUUAACUGAGACAUGCCCAAUGAAUAGAAAAACAUGUCUUGCUGAAGUUUUAUUUUAUUUUCGAUCUUCUGGAAAUAAUUAUGCAUUUAUCAAAAAAUAUCGGUAUAUGGACUCACCGCCAACAUGUCACAAACGUGCACGAAGAUCAACAGCUGGGAUUAAUAAACGUUAUGAUGAACAACAUUAUGUACUAGUUUCUUUUCCACAAUUAAACAAACAUAGUAUUGUUCCAGCUGCUAGUAUUGAUAUUGAUCCUCUUGAUAAACAAAUUGGUAGUAUUAAAACGUUCGGAUCAAGAAAAAACUUGCGAAUUGUUAGUAGUGGUCCAAAGGAAGUUAUGAAAGAACGUGCAUCACGUUAUGCUGUUUCAGCUGGUAGUGAAGAAGUUGAACUUGUUCCUGAUGAGGAAGAAAACAAAGAAAAUCAAGAUUUUGAUGACGAAUACUCUCCGUCUGUCACCCAUAGGAUGAAUAACGAAUCUAAGAAACGAAUUACGUCAAGUGAACAAUCAAAAUCACAAAUUCAAACAACAUUCUCAAAUAUUAAUGAUCAAACGACAACAACACCAUCAAAAGAUUUCUAUUGUGAAAAAACUCCAUUAUUUAAUCGUCAAUUAAAUUUUAAUCGUGUUUAUUCAUCUAAAACAGGAACGAAAAGGCGUCUUGAAGAUAAUCAAGAUGAAAGUUCAUUGAGUGGUAGUGACGAAGUGGAUGACGAAUGUGAUUUUAUACAAAUGAAAUGUAUGAUUCUUGAUGAUAACAUGAGUGUUACAUGGAAAGAAGUCAUGGAAUCCCUUUCACGACAACAUAUUGAUGAAGAGAACAACAAAAAGAAAAAGAUUAAUAAACAAUCUUCAUCUUCAUUAGUGUUAAGCAAUACAACAUCUCAAUGUUCAUCAUUGACAACGGUUUCUAAUGAAGAAGAAGCUACAGCAACAAAACCAUUGAUGUGA